AUGGCACCUGUUAUGAUUUUGUUAUGGCUAUUUGCCGUUCUUCCUAUCGCGCUAGCGAACCAUGUUGGACAGCAGCCCUUACAAAGUCUCUUCCCUGGGAGUUGGGAUGUGGAAUUUCAGCCGAAAGUUUCGGAAGGGUGCUCAAUAAGCCAUCUUACGGCUUAUGAAGAAGUUAAUGGGCCAGUUGCUUUCUCUACGUCUACUAUAGAACACCCGGAGGUCCCUAAAUUAUCAGCCGUGAACAGCACGGCAUGGGAGCAAUGGGAGUUCGAUGCAACUGGCGAUGAUGGCAUGACAGGGCUCAUUAUCGGUUUUUCAAGAGAUGCUUCAUAUGCGUUUUUUGGGCUGGGAAAUCUUCGUGUCGAGUUUUACAUGGUACUUCAUGACGGAACUGUGAUCCAGGAACUGGAUUAUCUCCAAGAAUCCAGGCUCAUAAAUUGCGAUGGUGCUGUCACCGGCAUAUGGAAUAGCUCAAGGCGACAGUAUUCCUUUGAAAUUUCGAAGGAUAUGAAGCAGGCGACUGUCAAAUGGCAAACUCCUAUAGUACAGGGUAAUAUGUCAUUGUCGUCAACUGUCAUGCCUCACUUUCCAGAUGGUUCUAGCUGGCCAUCAUCGAACGCCACGACUGAGAUAUCCCCGUCCCUACACUCUUUUAACUCAAUUUUGAGCGGUCGUGCAGAAGCGCAUGUUACUCUUGCGAAUCGUAAAACAAUGCGGCUGCGCGGUGCAGGCGGACACAGCCGACUAUGGGCCGAAGGCGGCUGGUUUAAGAUCGUGGAUGGUUUCAACAUCGUUCGUUUCCAUGGAGGACCAUACACCGGGUCUUUCUGGCGGACAAUCUCCCGGCUCGUCAAAGGCGCUGUUUACGAUUCGGCUCAGCUAUUUAAAAAUGGAAAGCUACUGAUAGCAACGCGACUUGGAGAGGAGUCUCAAAAUACUGAUUAUGUUCUGUUUUCGUCUGAUUUCAGCGGGAACGUUAGUGGAGGGCUGGGGGAUAAAUCAACGGGCCGUAUCCUUCAAUUCAUCUCACCAGCCCAAGGGAAAGGCUGGCGUUUUCAUUUGGAAAACAAACGAAAAAAGUUUGAACUUUCACUUGGUGGGCAUUUUGGCCUGACCGGGUUUUUAAAUAGUGUGGUUGGGGGUGAAAUUAACGGGAAAAGGUAUGCGGGAGUGGGGUUUUCAGAGCAAGUAGUAUUUCCGGAGGUGAUUGCCAGAUGGAGACUGUGGAUCGUAUAUGGGAUUGGAUAUCUAAAUCGCGGAAAGGGAAUUCUGAUGACAGUGGUGCAGCGAUUCACUUAA